AUGUCACUUCCCGAGGAGGUCCUGGUCAAAAUCUCCCAACAUGUGGUUGAUACUUUGUCUUGGCAAGAUGUGUGGAAAGCAAGGCUCGUGAAUACCACCUUCAAUCGUGAGAUAACAGCGCUCUUAAUCAAGAGCCCUCAACUUAAGGUUAAGGGCUUAGGCUUCAAGCCUGGAUAUGCCGGACUUCGCACCCAUUCAACUCCUGGGAUUCCCUCAUUCCUGGGCGUUAAAGCCUACGCAAUCGUCUCCGUCUUUUCUCCUCCACCACCACCACUCACGCACGCUUGCCGUGGUCGCGGUUCAAAGCUCCUCUCGAGGUAA